UUUUGGUCUCUCUCCAUUGUCGCUUUUUAUUAAUUGCGACUUCCGCCGCCGCAAAAAUUCCAUCAGCAACACUCUGACGACAGAACUCUUAACGACGACAAUUUUUCCUACGCCUGCGCAGGAAUUUCCAUACGAAGAAUCCCAUACGACUGUUGCCGUCGUAUACCCCGAUACCCUCCCUUCCAAAAACACCAUUCAGACAGUCAACACUCCCAUAAGAAACACAAACAUGGCGGUGCGCGCGCAAUUCGAGAAUUCCAACGAGAUUGGUUGCUUUGCAACCCUCACCAACUCCUACGCUCUUGUCGCUCCCGGCGCUAGCGAGAACUUUUACAGUGUGUUCGAGGCUGAGUUGCAAGGCGUGAUCCCCAUUUGCCGGGCCAGCAUUGCCGGCGUCCGCAUCAUCGGCCGGUUAACAGCUGGUAACCGCAAGGGUCUUUUGGUCCCGAACACGACAUCAGAUCAGGAGCUCCAACAUCUCCGCAACUCCCUGCCAGACGAAGUCCGCAUCCAGAGAAUAGAAGAGCGUCUGUCGGCCCUCGGCAACGUCAUUGUGUGCAACGACCAUAUCGCCCUCAUCCACCCGGACUUGGAGCGUGAGACGGAGGAGAUCAUUGCCGAUGUGCUCGGCGUCGAGGUGUUCAGGCAGACCAUUGCCGACAACGUGCUUGUGGGCUCGUACAUGUCGCUCACGAACCAGGGAGGCCUUGUGCACCCCAAGACAUCGAUACAGGACCAGGACGAGCUCUCGAGCUUGUUGCAGGUUCCCCUGGUGGCCGGCAGUGUCAACCGCGGCAGCAACGUCGUUGGUUCCGGCAUGGUCGUCAACGACUGGAUGGCCGUCACCGGCCUCGACACGACGGCAACGGAGCUCAGCGUGAUUGAGAGUGUAUUCAGACUGGGCGAGGGCCUGGGCCCGGACAACGUCAACACCAAGCUCAAGGACACCAUGGUCGAGUCUUUCUACUAGAGAAAGGGUGUUGGUCGUUGCGGAGGAGGGUUUGGUGGAGACUGCCGGAGCAUUGCUAGGUCGGGUUUUUCGUUGGUUUGGGAUACCAUUAAUGGGCUGAGCACGGUUUGGUAGGCUUAUCCCACGAGCCAGGUUUAGGGCUCAGUACAUCACGGGCGUACAUCAUCACGACCGGCAUGAAUAAAAGCCUUCGGGCACUUUGAGGACCCCAUA